AUGUCAGCGUCGAAUAGCGGCAAUCAACAAUCUAGAAUGGAAACGGGCAACAUUCAUACGGGUUUGGAACCUGAACAUGGUGAUACAAAACAAAUGUCAGCUAACCAAAAUGCACAACAGGGCAUAACAUCUGGUGCUGUUUCCGUCGAUCAUUCGAAAUCGGGCGGCUCAUCAGGUGCAAUGGGUGUUGGUGGUAGUGGAUCAGAAUCUCAUCAACCACACACAUCAAACAAGGCGCAAACAAUUAAAAAAGACAUUUGA